UAACAGCAAUAACAGCUCUUUACUCAAGACCCCGCCGGCAAAACAGAACUCUAUGGCUUCAGCACGUGGCCGGCAAGGCACUUCCUGUCAUGGUGCAUUGUGGGAAGAGAGAGGGGAAAAAAAAAAAAAGGUGGGAGGUUUGCUAUGGCGGAUGGCGAAGAGCCGGAGAAGAAAAGAAGGAGGCUAGAGGAGCGGCGGCGGCGGCUAGCGGGAGAGAGGCAGAGAGAGAUGGGCUGAGUUUCUAUGUUCUGUGCAGAAUGGCUGUUGAUGGUGGGUGUGGGGACAAUGGAGACUGGGAAGGUCGCUGGAACCAUGUCAAGAAGUUCCUCGAGCGAUCUGGACCAUUCACACACCCUGAUUUCGAGCCAGGCACUCAACCCCUUGAUUUUCUCUUAAAUACAUGUAAAGUUCUAGUAAUUGGAGCUGGAGGAUUAGGAUGUGAACUCCUGAAAAAUCUGGCACUAUCUGGUUUUAGACAGAUUCAUGUAAUUGAUAUGGACACUAUUGAUGUAUCUAACUUAAACAGGCAGUUCUUGUUUCGACCUAAAGAUGUUGGGCGUCCUAAGGCAGAAGUCGCUGCUGAGUUUCUCAAUAGCCGCAUUCCCAAUUGUGCCGUUGUACCACAUUAUAAAAAGAUUCAGGAUCUGGAUGAAAGUUUCUAUAGACAAUUUCAUAUAAUUGUAUGUGGUUUGGAUUCAAUUAUUGCAAGAAGAUGGAUAAAUGGCAUGUUGAUUUCCCUUUUAAACUAUGAAGAUGGGGUGAUAGAUCCAAGUUCUAUUAUACCUUUAAUUGAUGGAGGAACAGAAGGAUUUAAAGGAAAUGCACGUGUGAUUAUUCCAGGCAUGACAGCUUGUAUUGAAUGUACACUUGAACUUUAUCCACCACAGGUAAAUUUUCCUAUGUGUACAAUUGCUUCAAUGCCUCGUCUACCAGAACACUGUAUUGAGUAUGUUAGAAUAUUGCAAUGGCCCAAGGAACAACCUUUUGGAGAAGGUGUUUCCCUAGAUGGAGAUGACCCAGAACACAUACAAUGGAUUUUUGAAAAAUCUAUAGAGAGGGCAUCACAAUUUAAUAUUAAAGGUCUAACUUAUAGGCUUACACAGGGAGUUGUAAAGCGGAUAAUUCCAGCAGUAGCAUCAACAAAUGCUGUAAUUGCAGCUAUAUGUGCCACUGAAGUCUUUAAAAUAGCCACAAGUGCAUACAUGCCUCUGAACAACUAUUUGGUGUUCAAUGAUGUUGAUGGUCUUUAUACAUACAUGUUUGAAGCUGAAAAGAAGGAGAAUUGUCUGGCUUGUAGUCAACUUCCUCAAAAUAUAGAAUUUUCUCCAUCGGCUAAACUACAGGAAGUCUUGGAUUAUUUAACAAAUAGUGCUUCACUACAAAUGAAAUCUCCUGCAAUAACUGCUACAAUAUAUGGAAGAAAUAAAACACUUUAUUUACAGUCAGUAGCUUCAAUUGAAGAACGAACAAGGCCAAACCUUUCAAAGACUUUAAAAGAGCUGGGCCUCGUCGAUGGUCAGGAGCUUGCAGUUGCGGAUGUCACAACACCACAAACUGUACUUUUCAGACUUCAUUUUACUACUUGAAAUGAAUACAGGUGAUAUAAACAGACACUGAAGAACAUCUCCGAACUACUUCUGUACAGGGGAAAAAAGCUUGAGUUAUCCUGACAUAAUCUCUAUUUAUAUAAGCAUUGAUGAAAGUUUAAAUAAAUUGCUCUUAUUUUAGAACUGUUCUUGCAAACCAAUAUUUGGUUGAUGUUACUUGUGUAAAAGCUCAUAAUGUACAGAAAGCUGUUGUAUAGUAAUUUUAUUCAAUUUGUAAUCUCAUAAUGCCAACACUGCUACAUGGAACUCCUGAAGGCCAAUGGAUUCAUUCUUAAAGCACCUAUGAACUCUGGAUGCACACAAGAGUACAGUGGACACAGAUUUUAAGUUGCAUUUUAAUAUGUAUACGUAAUUUAGUUCAGAGAACCAGUUUAAUAAAACAGCCUAUUUCUCACUUUAGUUAAUGCCUUUAUUGCGUUGUCAGCUAUCUGUACUGCCAAAUUUAGAUUCCCCCCACAAACUGAAAGAUUGUACACAAGUACCAUUGAUGGAUAAUUAAAUUUGUAUAUUGGCAAAUAUGAAUGACUAUUAUGCAUGGUGUUGCCCACUGAUAUUCAGGAUUGGUGUUUCACUAUUAGACUAUUUAUUAAUAAAUACUAUCUAAAAUUAA